AUGCCAGUAGCAUUAUUAAAAGAAAUUACUCGUACUUGGAUAUUAGGUUCAUUUAUAUGCGAUGCAUGGAUAUUUAUCGAUUUAUUAUGUUGUACUGCGUCUAUAUUACAUUUAGUUGCUAUUGCAUUAGACAGAUAUUGGGCUAUUACCAACAUAGAUUAUGGAACAAAGCGGACACCCACUCGAAUUAUAAUAUCAAUAACAAUUAUAUGGUGUACAUCAAUUUUGAUAUCGAGUGCACAUUUAUUUCCAAUAUUUCGAGUUAAAAAAGGGCGACCGUACGAUCAAUGUCAUCUUAUUGGAACAAUAGCCUAUACUAUUUUAUCAACAAUUGGCGCAUUUUAUAUUCCAUUGAUAGUUAUGUGUAUUAUUUAUUGGAAAAUUUUUCAAGCAGCUAAAUUUCGCAUUAGAAAGAAAGCAUUUAGUCGUCCACAACCACCACCUGUUCAAACACCAGAUAUUAGAACAAAUAAUAAUAAUAAUAAUAAUAAUAAUAAUGAUAAUAAUAAUCACAAAUUAUCUAUACGAUUUCACAAUAAACAAACAACAAUACCAACAGAAAAUCAUCAGUAUUCCGAUAUUGAAAAUGAACAACCAUCAACAUAUUCCUCAUCUCACGAUCAAGCAUCAAACAUAGCAACACCCAAUUGUCAUAACAACAGUAACAAAAUAUCACAUUAUCAACAACACGAUGGUGAUUAUCAAGUAUCAGCAAUACCAUCUUCCACUCCGCUAGCUAAAGCAUCCUUUCAUUUACUAAAUCGGAAAAAACGUUCAAAACAAACAAUCACAAAAACAACAGCACGCUCUCAACUAAAUAACGUACAACAAUUUGUAACAACUACAUAUGAUGCUCCUACUUCGCCUACCACAGCACCAUCGUCACCAUCAUUAAGCUUUCAUAGUCCUAGUGGUAUUCAAGUGUCAACAACAAACCGUCUACCAAAUUAUUAUUCAUCCCCUUCACUGUCACAAAAAAUUUUUAAUACGAACGAGAACAAUAACAACGAUGAGGAGGAUGACAAUAUUCAUCAGAUGAACACUCCAAUUCAGUCUGUCUCUUCCACACGACGUCUUUUGAAAAAAAGUGAUACGAACGAUAAACGAAAGGUUUCAUUGUGUGAACAAGUAUCGUUUAAUUUAGCUGAAACUGAAUUAUUGACACCAUCUUUCCACAUUCACAGUAAUAACAUUUCUGAAUCCUUAACAUCUGUUCUAACAACAGUAAAUCCAUUGAUAGAGAAACCGACACACAUUAUUGUCGAUGAAAUACCCGCAAAAAAAUUAUCAAUAUCAAUGGGCACUCAUACAGAUGUGAUACUACCACAUCAGACGAAUAAUACGGCUACGACGCCAACCAAACCAAAACAUCAUGUACGAAAAAAAAUUGAUAUUAAACGUGAACGUAAAGCAUCAAAAGUAUUAGGCGUUGUUAUGGGCUGUUUCAUUGUAUGUUGGUUACCGUUUUUUAUUGAAGAACUUGCAAUGGGUAUAUUUCAUUUUACAAUUAAUGAAAAAUUCAUUAGUGUACUUACAUGGCUAGGAUAUCUUAACAGUCUACUAAAUCCAGUAAGAAUUUAA